AUACCUGGGAUCAAAGCUGUCUAUAUAAAGUCCUUGAACCUGUGUGGGUUCAAACACAUUUCAAAGCUUCAGGAUCCUGAAAGGUUUCACUCUGCUUCCUCAAGACCUCUGCACUGUUCCCAUAAAGCCAUGGCUUGUCUUGGAGUCCAGAGGUUCAAGGCUCAGCUGCAGCUGAGGAUUUGGCCCUUUGUAGCCCUGCUUGCUCUUCUCUUCUUCCCGAUCUUCUCCAAAGCCAUACAGGUGACCCAACCUUCAGUGGUGCUGGCCAACAGCCAUGGUGUCGCCAGCUUCCCAUGUGAAUAUCCAUCUUCACACCACACUGACGAGGUCCGGGUGACCGUGCUGCGGCAGACAAAUGACCAGAUGACUGAGGUCUGCGCCACGACGUUCACGAUGAAGGACAAGCUGGGCUUCCCAGAUGACCCCCUCUGCAGCGGUACCUUCAACGAAAGCAGGGUGAGCCUCAGCCUCCACGGACUGCGAGCUGCUGACACCGGACUGUACGUCUGCAAGGUGGAACUGAUGUACCCGCCGCCAUACUGUAUGGGCAUGGGCAACGGAACCCAGAUUUAUGUCAUUGAUCCGGUGUCAUGCCCAGAUUCUGACUUCCUCCUUUGGAUCCUUGCUGCGGUUAGUUCCGGGUUGUUUUUUUACAGUUUCCUGGUCACCGCUGUCUCUUUGAGCAAAACGCUAAAGAAAAGAAGUCCUCUUACAACAGGGGUCUAUGUGAAAAUGCCCCCAACAGAGCCAGAAUGUGAAAAGCAAUUUCAGCCUUAUUUUAUUCCUAUCAACUGAAAGACCAUUUGUGAAGAAGAAAGAGCUUACUUCAGUCUCUAACAGCUGAGGCAAUUUCAACUUUCUUUUGCUCUCCAGCUAUUUUUGCUUGUUUGUAUAUUUUAGGGAGAGUGUGCCUCUCUUUCAUAUAAAGCUGGAUACAAAAAUUUCAAUUAAGCAUACUACAGUUUAGAGCUAAGGACCAUGAACAGAGAGCUUGGAUAUUUCUGUCAUGUCUGAACAGUUCUUACUCAAGGCAUCACUUGGAAGCAGCAUAAAGAUAUAGCAUUAUGAUGUGGGGUCAAGGGAAGGUUAGGGAAUGGCACAGUCCAAAGAAAGAAAGGGGGUGAAGGAGAGGAUGGAAUUGUACACACCUUGUAUUUACCUAUGAGAUGUUUAUGACUUAAAUAAUUUUUAAAAUUUUCAUGAUGUUAUUUUUUUAACAAAUGUAUAAUUACAUGAAGAUUUAAAAAUGUAUUUACAUAGCUAUGUGAUAGCUGAUUCCAAAAGGUUGUAUUAUUUCAACAUGUAUUUUUAAGUGAUAUUGUACAUGGGUGUUUCAUGUGCUAUUGUGUAUUUGCUGGUGGUUUGAAAGUAAACACUAUAGGUCAGUGUCUUCCCACAGUGGGUUCUGGGGAAGUUUUGCUGGGGGUCUCAGGACACUAAUACAGCAUGUAGGACAUGAGGUCCUGUGUUAACUGGCUUGGAAACCAGAGGAGGCUGUGGUGCAGUGCUCAGCUGUACUAAACCGCUGUUGACUUCAGCACUGGGCUUUCACACUCGUUUUGUUUGUUUGUUUGUUUGUGUUUCUAUUUUUGCUUUCUUCGGUGACUUACAAGGAAACCAAAGCUGGUGGUGUCUGUGUGACAGAACACUGUUUUCAAGGAACUGCCUCUCUCAUGAGAACAGUAGGUCUGUCCUUCUAGGAAACUCCAGUAUACAGCCCCUACACUGCGACAGCUCCUCCCAAGCACCAAGUUAAUGCCACAGAGAGAAGAAAGCAGCACACAACAGAACAGGAGGCGCGAGAGCUCCUGAAAUCUAACACUGUUAGUGUUUUUUUUUCUUUUAAAACUCAGUAUUUUCCAUGAAAAU